AACAACUCUGAUUCUAAGAAUUGCUCUAGAAUAUAUUUAGGUGCCAUAUCUACCAAUGAUUGUUUAGCUGAGGGAGUCAUUCCUUGUUGGACGACAAUGAUGGCCCUGUGUAUAUUUUCAUCCUGCAUACGUUGACAAUUUUGGGUAGAAAUUAAUUAUUGUUUUGAGAAGUGGAGCGAGAGUGCCUCCGAGUAUAAGUGCAAACAUGCCUCUUCCUUCUGAUUCAUCUGACGAUGAAAAUUUGGACCGCUUCAAAGAAGCAACAGACACAACGUUUUUCAAAAAUUCAUUGUACUCUGGCAUGAUAGCGUCGUUGAAGACAAAGUUGAGAAAAGACCUUCCUUGCGAAAUAAAGAUGAUGGCGAUGAUCAGUUCAGAUUGUUCAAUGUCACUCCGGAGUUUCAGAAGUACGUAGGUAAUGCACUGAGU